AUGAAGGCGAACUCGAUCGCCCAACUCGCUCUCGCCGUCCUUGCCUCUCCCGGCGAGGCCACCGCUGCAUCAUGUCAACAAAGCUGCACCGAGCUCUCCUCCACCUUCGGCCCCGCGCUCUUCUACCCCGAAAACGACACCACACAGUUCUGGGACCAGAAGCAGCAACUCGCCGGCCAAAUCUGCCGCGUCGAGCCCUCCACCCCGGACGACGUCGCCAAGGCGCUCAGCAUCGUGAUCACGAACGCCUGCCCCUUCGCGAUCAAGGGCGGCGGCCACUCGCGCGAGGUCAACGACUCCAACGCCCCCGGCGGCGUGACCAUCGACACCGUGCGCAUGCGCAAGGUCGUGCCGGACGAGGAUGACAAGACGGUCGUGACGCUCGGCGCGGGGCAUAACCUCGGCAGCACCCUGACCGCGCUCUCUAGCCUGAACUUAUCCUUUCCUGUCGGGAGGGUUAGUUCCAUCGGGCUCGGCGGUUUUCUCCUUGGCGGCGGACAGGGUGAUCUCGGCGGCAAGCUCGGCUUCGCAAUGGACAAUGUGCUCGAGUACGAGAUCGUCCUCGCCAACGGCACCAUCACCACCGCCUGUCCCACCACCAACCCGGACCUCUAUUGGGCCCUCCGCGGCGGCGGCGGCAACAACUUCGGCAUCGUCACCGCCUUCACGCUCCGUGCGGUCCCCGAGACGCCCAUCUGGGCCGCCACGACGCGGUUCCCCGACAACCAGACGACCGCGGUGACCGAGGAGCUCGACAACCUUGUCACUGCGUCCGGCGUCGAUCCGAACGUGAAUUUCUACACCGACUACCGCAUCGCGCCCGCGACGGGCGAGUUUGUGUACACGGUGCAGCAGCGGUAUCUCAACGCGACGGCGUCCCCGGCGGCAUAUGAUGGGCUGAAUGCGGUGCCGUAUUUGUCGAGGACGGGGAAUCUGACGUCGCCUAAUUUUGCGAGUGAUGUUGCUUAUGGCGUUCGACACAUCUUCGUCUCUCUAAGCUGGCACUCCUCCCCAGCAAUGCUCCAACGCGCCGCCUCAAUCUUCAAAACCGAGGCCCUCAAAGUACAGAACGUAAGCGGCCUCACCGCCGGCAUGGACUCCCAACCCAUCACGCUCUCGGCGCUGCGCAUCGCCCAAGAGCGCGGCGGCAACGCCUUCGGGCUAUCAGGCGACAAGGCCAUCCUCGAGAACCUCAUCACCAUCGCCUGGGCCAAUGCCGCCGACGACGCGGCAAUGUACGCCUUCGCGGACGCCUGGCUCGCGCAGACGGAGGCCGCGUCCCGCGAGCUGGGCGUCUUCGUGCCGUACCGCUACAUGAACCACGCGUUCCGCAGCAGGCAGGACGUGCUGGGGUCGUAUGGCGAGGAGAACCUGGCCCGGCUGAGGACAGUGCAGCGCGCGGUUGAUUCGGCGGGUGUUUUUACGAGCAAGGGGCUGUGUACGGGGUAUUGGAAGCUGCUGUAG